AUGGCGAAGACUGAAAAGGCUAUUGGAAUCGAUUUGGGUACCACCUACAGUUGUGUAGGGGUAUGGCUGAACGACGGGGUCGAGAUCGUUCCCAACGAUCAGGGCAAUAGAACAACUCCUUCUUACGUCGCUUUCACUGAUACAGAGCGGUUGGUGGGAGAGGCAGCAAAGAAUCAGGCCGCUCUGAAUCCUACUAACACUGUUUAUGAUGUGAAACGGCUAAUUGGGCGGCGAUACUCUGAACCAUGUGUGCAGAACGACGUCAAACUCUGGCCCUUCAAAGUUGUCCCUGGCCCGGGCGACAAGCCGAUGAUCGAGGUGAGUCACAAGGGUGAGAAUAAACUAUUCUCUCCUGAAGAGAUUUCGGCUAUGGUGCUCGGCAAAAUGAAGGAGUACUCAGAAGCGUUCUUGGGUCAUCCGGUUAACAACGCUGUCAUCACUGUCCCUGCUUACUUCAACGACUCACAGAGGCAAGCCACCAAGGAUUCUGGAGUAAUUGCAGGGCUUAAUGUUAUGAGAAUCAUCAAUGAGCCCACUGCAGCAGCAAUUGCUUAUGGGUUAGACAAGAAGGCAUCAAGGACCGGAGAGCAGAACGUUCUAAUCUUUGAUCUCGGCGGUGGAACCUUCGAUGUCUCUCCAUUGGCAAUCGAAGGAGGUAUCUUUGAGGUGAAAGCCACCGCCGGAGACACCCAUCUUGGUGGCGAAGACUUCGACAACCGCCUUGUCAACCACUGUGUAGCAGAGUUCAAGAGAAAGCACAAGAAAGACAUCAGCGGCAACGCGAGAGCUCUUAGGCGUUUGAAGAAUGCGUGUGAGAGAGCCAAGCGAGCUUUGUCUUCUACAACACAGACAACUAUUGAAGUCGAUUCUCUUUACGAAGGUAUAGACUUUUAUACAAUCAUUACAAGGGCCCGGUUUGAAGAAUUGAACAUGGAUUUGUUUCUGAGGUGUAUGGAGCCGGUUGAGAAAUGUCUCCGAGAUGCCAAGAUGGACAAGAGUCAUGUACAUGAAGUUGUCCUCGUUGGUGGGUCCACUAGGAUUCCAAAGAUCCAACAACUCUUACAAGAUUUCUUUAACGGUAAGGAACUCUGCAAGAGCAUCAACCCUGAUGAAGCUGUCGCGUAUGGUGCAGCUGUUCAGGCAGCAAUCCUGAGCGGCGAAAGCAAUGAGAAAGUCCAAGACCUAUUAUUGCUCGAUGUCACUCCUCUGAGUUUGGGUCUUGAAACCGCUGGUGGUGUCAUGACUACUUUGAUUCCUCGUAACACAACGAUCCCAACAAAGAAAGAACAGAUCUUCUCGACUUACUCAGAUAACCAACCAGGAGUUUUGAUUCAGGUCUAUGAAGGAGAGAGAGCUAGAACCAGAGAUAACAAUCUUAUGGGAAAAUUUGAGCUCACAGGCAUUCCUCCAGCACCAAGAGGUGUUCCUCAGAUUAAUGUUGCCUUCGACAUCGAUGCGAAUGGAAUCCUGAACGUGUCUGCCGAGGACAAGACAGCAGGUGUGAAGAACAAGAUUACAAUCACCAAUGACAAGGGUAGGCUCAGCAAGGAAGAGAUUGAGAAGAAAGUGAAGGAAGCAGAGAGGUAUAAAGCAGAGGAUGAGGAAGUGAAGAAGAAGGUGGAAGCAAAGAAUGCACUAGAGAAUUAUGCUUACAAUAUGAGGAAUGCUGUGAGGGAUGAGAAGUUUUCAGGGAAGCUUGAUCCGGAAGAUAAGAAGAAGAUUGAGAAAGCAGUGGAAGAUACGAUUCAAUGGUUGGAGGGGAAUCAGUUGGCUGAAGUUGAGGAGUUUGAAGAUAAGAUGAAGGAGCUUGAAGCAUUGUGUAACCCUAUUAUUUCGAAGAUGUAUCAGGGAAGUGGAGGAGGUGAUAUGCCCAUGGGAGGAGACGUACCAACAGAUGGGUAUGGUGCUGGUUCUGGUGCUGGGCCUAAGAUUGAAGAGGUUGAUUAAGGGAGGAGUUGU